ACGUGACUAAUCCCGCGGCUGUGAUUGGUUGUCAUAUAUGUGGGACAAAGGUUGUGGUGUUCAGUCUGAGUCUAGUUAUACGUGCAGUCGGUGCUAUCAAGACACAUAACAAUGCUGCUCAACAAGUUUCUCAAAGCCAGCGUGCGGUCGGGGAUCCGGCUGCAGAACUCCGCUGCUGCUGCCAGUGCUGCUGCAUCUAACAACACAUCCCUCGGCUUCUCAUUUGAGCUGUCUGAGCAACAGAAAGAGUUCCAACAGGUGGCGAGGAAGUUUGCUCGUGAAGAGAUCGUCCCUGCUGCAGCGGAGUAUGACAGGAGUGGUGAAUAUCCUGUGCCCAUCAUCAAGAAAGCAUGGGAACUCGGUUUAAUUAACGGCCACAUUCCACAGGAGUAUGGUGGAAUGGGCUUGACCAUCUUUGACAACUGCCUCAUCACAGAGGAGUUGGCUUAUGGCUGCACAGGCAUACAGACCGCUAUCGAAGCAAACUCUCUGGGACAAAUGCCUGUUAUUCUAGCCGGCAAUGAAGCGCAGAAGAGUAAAUACCUGGGUAGGAUGAUGGAGGAGCCUCUCAUGUGUGCGUACUGUGUGACGGAGCCCGGCGCCGGCUCUGAUGUGGCCAGCCUCAAGACCCGUGCUACGAAGGUGGGAGACGAGUACGUUGUUAACGGGCAGAAGAUGUGGAUCACCAAUGGCGGGAAAGCAAACUGGUACUUCCUCCUGGCCCGGUCUAACCCAGAUCCUAAAUGUCCUACCAGCAAGGCUUUCACUGGCUUCAUUGUGGAGGCUGACACUCCUGGAAUUAUAGUAGGACGGAAGGAGAUAAACAUGGGCCAGAGGUGCUCCGAUACCAGAGGCAUCACUUUUGAGGAUGUGAGGAUACCGAAGGAGAACGUCCUGAUCGGAGAGGGGUCCGGAUUCAAAAUUGCCAUGGGGGCCUUCGACAACACAAGGCCACCGGUGGCAGCAGGAGCCACAGGUCUGGCACAGAGGGCGCUUGAUGAAGCAACCAACUACGCAAUGGAGAGGAAGACCUUCGGAAAAGUUAUUGCUGAGCACCAGGCCGUGUCCUUCAUCCUGGCUGAGAUGGCCAUGAAGGUGGAGUUGGCCCGGAUGGCGUACCAGCGCUCGGCCUGGGAAGUGGACCAGGGCCGCAGGAACACGUACUACGCCUCCAUCGCCAAGGCAUUCGCCGGAGACAUCGCCAACCAGGUGGCCUCUGACGCCGUGCAGGUGUUCGGAGGAAACGGCUUCAACAGCGAAUACCCCGUGGAGAAGCUGAUGAGAGACGCCAAGAUCUACCAGAUCUACGAGGGCACAGCUCAAAUCCAGAGGAUGAUUAUUGCCCGAGAACUCCUGGGAAAAUACAAGAAGUGAACUCUUCACACCUAACGUCCCUUAUUCAGAUGUACUAAUGUUGUGUUCCUCGGAAUAGAUCUGCUUAUUUAUACUCACAAAAUGUUGUUUGCCUUAUCAGCACUUAAUCCGGGCCGAGCUUUGUUCACAUUGAUCCAGACUUUGCAUCAGCCGUCCACUUUUCUAAUCAGAAAACAUCAGAACCCUUCAACACCUGUACUAGUUUGUUUUUGAAAUGCAUAGAACUGUUGCCUUACUUUGAGACUGGAUGGGUUUGGGAUCACCACAUUCACGCAAUACAUCACACGACUGUCCUGUCAGGCUCCAAGCUCUGUAAAUAAUGUGAACCAGGAACAAAUACAACACGAACAGAUGAAGCAUAAUGAACUAUGACAAUGGUAGCCUUCUGAUCCUUCUUGGAAGAAGCCAAGAAUGUAAUGCUCAAAUGAUAAUGAAUAUUGUUUGAAAAUAAACAUCUAACGUUUCAGAAUGUA